AAUAACUUUUUAAAUUUGAAAUUUUAAUGAGUAAAAUUGGAAUAUUUGGUAAAAUCAAAUGUACGCUAAUAAAACAAGGCCAAUUAUAAUUUUCAACUAAAAGAAAUGAAAAAAAUAAAAAUCAGCGAAUAAGAACUGCCGUGGAUCUCUCAAAAAACUGCCGUUGAGAAAACGAGGGAAAAUCUGAUUGUGUGAAGAAGUAGUGACGCAAAUGUUGAGAAACCAUCAAUGUCUGAUAGAUUUUUCUGGAGAAUCCAUGCAUGGAAAAGGAUACUAUUCUUCAGGAAUUAUUCAUGGCAGCAUCCUCGCCAAAAUCGAAGCAACACACGGAAAAGGACGAUGGAUUUUCCCUCCAACUAGUCGUCGCAAUUCAAAAACAGUCAGCGACGAUGAAUCCAAAGUUUCCGAUUUGAUUUACAGUUGGAAUUAAUUGCAGCCAAAAACACAACCAAAAUCAAUCACGAACUUGUACCUCGGAUACGCCGACCUCUGAUCGCGACGCCUUGGACUGUAGCUGCGUGCUGUGCUGAUCAACUCUAUUAAGCCAUGCUUCUUAUCUUUCAAGUUGUUCCCCACCAAGUGUUUGUGGAAUUGCCUCUUUGACUCUGUUUCUCUCACUCUCUCUCUCGCACACAUGGAAAAUCAUAGGCUUGAAUCAUCUCUUACUAAGCAACUGAUGCCAUCUCAAAGGAACGAGUGGAGAGGUCCGUAUCGCCUUCUGUUUUGUUCGAGUAAGGGUGAUAAAGCCGGUGUGAUGGAGGAGCUCGCAAAAGGUGUAAGUGCCAACCUGGCCGACUAUGAUAGGAGAACAGCACUUCAUUUGGCAUCGUGUGAGGGUUGCACAGAAAUAGUUGUUCUCCUUCUUGAGAAAGGAGCUGACGUCAACUCCUUGGAUCGUUGGGGUCGAACUGUGAGUGCAAACCUCACAUUCCUGCACCACUAUCUGAUGCUCGUAGAUCUGGCCAUCCGGAUAUUUGCAAAAUUCUGGAGGCAAAUGGUGGAACUGAUCCGGAUUUGCUCGAUUCUCAAACUCCGUGUUUGGAGAUUGAUUCAGCUGAGGUCGACUGGGAUGGAAAAACUCUUAUUGGGCGCUUAUGGAGAAGUUUACUUAGUCAAGUGGCGUGGUACAGAAGUUGCUGCAAAAACAAUCCGUUCUUCCAUUGCUUCAAAUAAAACAGUGAAGGACAACUUUCUAAAGGAAUUCACGUUGUGGGCAAAAUUGCGUCACCCUAACAUAGUGCAGUUUCUUGGUGUUCUAAAGCAACCUGCAGGUCGCUUAGUGUUCCUCACCGAGUACCUACGAAAUGGAAGUCUGUACGAUAUACUGAGAAGAAAAGGAAAACUCGACUCACUAACUGCAGUUGCAUAUGCUUUAGAUAUAGCAAGAGGUAUGAAUUAUCUGCAUCAACAUAAGCCACAUGCCAUAAUCCAUCGAGAUUUAACACCAAGAAACGUUUUGCAGAAUGAGGCGGGGCGCCUUAAAGUCACAGAUUUCGGGUUAAGCAAAAUUGCACAUGGAAGAGAUUUUGUCUACAAAAUGACUGGCGGAACUGGAUCAUACCGCUACAUGGCUCCAGAAGUCUUUCGUAGGGAGUCGUAUGGUAAAAGUGUCGAUGUCUUCUCCUUUGCUCUGAUAGUUCAUGAGAUGUUCCAAGGAGGGCCAUCAAAUAGGGAAGAAGAACCAGAAAAAAUAGCAGAUAAACGCGCAUAUGAAGAUGAACGGCCGUAUCUACCUUCCAUCGUGUAUCCUGAACCAAUCAAAGGGCUUCUGCAAGAUUGCUGGCACAAGAAUCCAGAGCAACGUCCGACUUUCGAAGAAAUCAUCAUGCAGCUGGAGAUCAUCCAAGAUAACCUGCAACAGAAAGCCAUAGGUAACUGCUGUAGCUGCGGCGUCUUGUAAAGGGAGGCCUCUGCAAUGUGCAUAUUUUAUUAUGUUGUGAUACAAUGCCUUCCACUCCUUGCAGCUCUGUAAUUAUGCAUAAAUAUACUUAAAAGUUCAAAGUCAUUGAGAAAAAACCAUAAGUUUUGCUGUCUCAAUGUUUGUUACUAUAUUAUCAUUAUUAAUAUUAACCUCAUUUUGUGAUUCUGA